UAUUAUUCCAAAUUUUCUUGGCCACGCUACACGAGAUCCCACUGUUAAUACAUGCACUUCCUGACUCUCCAUGGAAGGACCUUCUCUCACAUUAUAGAGAGAGAAUAUAAUCUGUUGCAUGUGGAGAUUGGUUGAUUGUAACUGGAAUUCCAGAUUGUCACUAAGAAGUUCUGUAGUGUAUACAUUCUCUUCAUGGUCUUGGUGAAGGAUAUCAUGCAUUGAAGGGUGUCCUGGUGUAUGCAAUAGUCCAAUGGAUGAGACGAAGGGAAUGUGUGCCACUGUCCCUUGGACUACUCAUAAACCAUUGGAUCAUCGCAGCCCAAUGAACUGAUGUAUAGUGGUUGGAAGAGAUCGGACUCAUCAGAAUCGGACAUGAAGCAGAUGCUGGGUCCUACUCUCUCUGCACUACGUUCUAGCACUUCAUUGGAUGGUUCUCAUUCUCCAAGAUGUCAUAUUCAGGUUCCAUUUCGCAGAUCAAUGCCAGGAUCUUAUGUUACUCGACUGGACUGCAUGGUUGAUUUAGAGCUGCCAAAAGCAAUUAGAAAUGGAAAACAUUUUGUACAGGUGAAAGCCAUUCGGAGGAGAAGAGCUUAUUUGCAGACAGACACUUAUGUCCUAAUGGAACCAGGCAAAAGCGAGGAAUUUGUAUCAGAGGAUGAAUUAAAGACAAGACUGAAAGCUUGGCUUGAGAACUGGCCUGGCGAAGAGUUACCACCUGAUCUUGCAAGAUUCAAAGACAUCGAUGAUGCUGUGUCCCACUUGGUUAAGUCAGUUUGCGAACUUGAGAUUGAUGGAGAUGUUGGUUCCAUACAGUGGUAUGAAGUUCGACUCGAAUGAGUAUUAGCUUGCCUUGGAAAAUUGUGAAAUCUCUCUCUCUCUCUCUAUAUAUACAUCUCUCUCUCUCUUCCUACGCUCUUUAAAUUGUUAUCUACCAUGACAUUCUAUGUAUAUGGUAUUGAAUGUUGUCUCUGACCUGUCACAGAAACCACCUCCCUCCCCCCCUCCCCCACCUCCUCUUCUCUCUCUCUCUCACAAAAUUGGCAUGAUGUAUACAUGUUACAUUCUACGAAUGUAGUAUUGAAUGCCCAGAUUUUUUGCUUCUUGGAUUCUGAUACGUGGUGUCUCAUCUGAGCUAUUGAAAUUUCUCUCUUUCUUUCUUUCUUUUCUUUUUCCUCUCUCUCUCUCUCUCUCCUUAAAACUGUGAAAUUGUCAUGAAGUAAAUGCAUCUCUGUCGCGAUCUAUGAAUAUGGUCUGUUUUCAUGUGUCUGACCUGUGUUGAGUGUUGACAACCUCCCCAUACCACCCACAACCAACUCUCUGUC